AUAGGGAUGCAAUAUAUCAUAAAACCAACCCUCCCCGAAAAUCGUGAACAGGCAAAAGAGUUAUUCGGUAGCUCUCCUCUCCGAAUCUAAAAGUUUUCCGAAGAACUUAAAACAAAUAUGACUGAUACGCUCGAGCUCGACUGACGAAUUCGGCGUAGUGUUCACUUUUCUUCUUCUUUCUUGGAAACCCACACUCGUCUGAGUCGUCUCUGUUACUGACACCCAUUAAAGCCCUAGCCUUUGGUUUCUUUUCUCCAAAUCUUGCAAGAUCUCUUGAGAUAAUUCACAUGGAGGAACCGAGAGAGGAAAGUGAGGCUGUUCGUGAUUGCAGUGAGCCCAUGGAGGAAGCUGGUAAGGGAUCAGGUUUAUCUUCUAAAACUGAAACCCUAGUUGAUGAGGAUGCCAAUACGGACUUAGGCGUUUCUGAUAAGAACCCGAAUGAUGGAGGUUUAGCUACUGUUGAUGUUGAUGAUGAUGAUGAUGUUAAAAGGACUGAUGCUGUCACUGAGAUUGAGUGUGAAGGAGAUACUGGAACUGUUGAGGUGAAGUUGAAUGAUGAAACGGCUAAGUCUGAAGUUAAGAGUAAAAGUGGUGCUACUCAUGAAACUGCAGGAGAAGAGGAGACUGAAAAUUCUGUUGCGAAUGAAGCUACUGAUGAGAAGGCAACAUGUGAAGUUGAAGAUAACGGUGGUGUUUGUGAUGCAGAACAAGAUGUUGAAACUGAAAAUUUCCAGCUAAAUCCAGUCCAUGGUGAGACGCUUUCUGUUGCAGAAGAUAAAGCUGACCAAGAGAAGGAGACAACAAAGAAAAUCGAGAAGGAUAUUAACGAAAUGGAAGUUGAUAGCAAACAGGAAGAUGAAGAGAAUGAGACCGAAGAUGCUAAGCAUUCAGAAUCUGCACAGGUUCCAGAGGAGUCUACCAAAUUGAGCAAAGAGGAAACAGACGAAGAAAAUCAGAAAGAGGAAAACGGAGUUGCCAUGGAAAUUGAUGGUGUGGCAGGGGAACAUGUGGAAAAGGUUGUUAAAGUAGGCAGUGGUUCGGAUAAUGCUUGCAAUGAAUCUGCUGGUGCAAGUAUGGUUCAAACACAAGAUGUUCCAAUAGCUGAAGCUGACAACAAUGAAUCCAAUGUAGUAAAGAAAAUGGAAAUUGAUGAACGCAAAGAUAAUGCUGAUAUGACAAGUGAUCUUACGGGAACAAUUGAAUCUGCUGAUUCAGCAAUCCCAAAUAGUCCCACUGAAGAUGCUGCUCCAGGUGAAGUUGAACCGUUGGAUCAUAAUGCUCUUUUUGAUCCAACUUCUGAUAUUACCAACUUUAUUGAUUUCAGUGGUGUAUCAUCUUGGUCAGGAAAUAUACAAGACCUUAAAACCGAAACCGGGAAUGUAUCUUUGAAAGAGGAUAAGAAAGUUACUGACAUGGCAGAGGACGUUGUCACAGCAGAUAUAGAAACUGAAUCGAAUGAAGCCCGUGUUGGUGUUGGGGCAGAAUCUCCAGCUGCUGCAACUGAUUGUUCAAAAGAGACUUCUGAUGCAACUUUGGGAUCUGAAGAAAACCAACAAGAUAAGGAUCAUCAAUGCCUCGACAAGAAAACAGCAGAUGUACAAGAUACAAUGAUAGAGGAAGAUGACAUUACUCAUGAAGCUCCAAGUUUCGACCCAAACCAAAAGGAAAAUGCAGAAAUGGAAGAAAAUCACAACAAUUUUGUUUAUGCUGAUGAUGAAGCUGGUUCUGAUGUUAAGACCAAUGGUGUGAAACGAAAGGCUGAUGUCCUGAGUGAGGAUUCACCAGGAGAAGGUAGGAAGACUGUUUCAUUCGCCAAGGUGUCUUUUGCCGAAAGGCCGUCCUUUAAAAUUGGUGCAUGCAUAGCCAGGGCUGCAAGUCAGAUGGCAGGAUCUCCUUCAGUUUUGAAGGGUAGUAACUUUGGUGAUGAAACUCUUUCUGUUGAGAGUUUUGUAUCCCAGCUUCAUUGCGCAGCCACAGACCCUGUUAAAGAGAACGUUGUAUCUGACAUUGCUACUGGCUUUUUCUUGGAUUUCCGAAACUCAUCAGCAUCGCAGCAAGUUACCACGGAAAAGGUAAGCAAGAAAAGAGGUAGACCAUCCAAUUCUAAUGUAGCAGGAACUGAAGCAUUUGAGUUUGAGGAAAUGGGCGACACAUACUGGACUGACAGAGUGAUCCAUAAUGGUGGUGAAGGGCAAACACCGGCUACUGAAAAGGGAAAUUAUCAAGUCGUGCCGGUUGAGUUGAAACCUGCUCAGGUUCAAAGGACUCGGCGACCAUACAGAAGACGACAGUCUCAGAUCAGUAUUCCUCAUUCAGCCACUAAGAAACCGGCAGACAUUGAUGAGAAUGCACCAGCUGAGAUUAUAAUGAACUUUUUUGAAACUGAUACAAUACCUCCUGAGAAGAGUCUGAGUAAAAUGUUCAGACAUUUUGGCCCUAUACAGGAGUUGCGGACUGAAGUUGACAGGGAGAAAAACCGGGCUAGGGUAGUUUUUAGGAAGGGUGCUGAUGCGGAGGUUGCUUACAAUAGCGCAGGAAGGUUCAACAUAUUUGGGACGAAGGUUGUGAAGUACGAGCUCAGCCGUAAUGUUACUGAAACAUUCAAAGUUCAGCCUUAUGUUGUGUCUUUAGCUGAGGAGGAUGCAGCGGUAUGUCCUUCCUCUUAGAUGGAGUUUUGGUUCAGGUGAAAAGAAACGGCAGGCAUCAAGAGAAGUAAACAAAGAAGUGGCUCAAUGGAUUGGAGGAGGCUCUUGCUUGUGUGUUUUAUUACCUUUUAGGCAGAGAGAUCAUUUAGGAUUGUGUAAUAUGAAAAGACAUGUAUUUUUCUAGAGACAAGAGUUGUUGGUUAUGUAUAAUUUGUCUGUCGAGGCUACUAGAGACAGGUUAAUCUUCUUCUUCUUUCUUUUUUUGGUCGCAAAACAUUUGAUUUGUUGUUAUUAAACCAAGUUAUAUUAGGAGCCUGUUUGUUGGUUGAAGUGAUUUUGAUCAUUAUUAUAUUUGGUGCUUGCUGG